AUGGGUGUUGAAAAAGCAAGGAGUGUUGUUUUUGGUGACUAUUCAUCAUCAUUUGACGAUCUUCGUUGGUGUGUUGAUGCAGCUAAUGAUUGUAAUCUGGGGAGUGUUUUUGAUAUGGAAUUUGAUGUUGAUAGUAAAGGAAGACGUUUCAAAUGCUUUUUUUUCGCUUUUGAGGCAUGUAUUCAUGGUUUCAAGUAUUGUCGGCCUGUGUUGAUGCUUGAUGGAACUUUCUUAAAAGGAAGACACAAAGGUUGUUUAUUGGCUGCUACGGCAAAAGACAGUAACCAAGUUUUAUAUCCAUUACGUUUUGCCAUUGUUGAUAGCGAAAGUUAUGACAGUUGGCAUUGGUUCUUGUCAAAGUUAUUUGUUAUUUUGACUCCAAGGAGGGAUGUUGUGUUUGUUACUAAUCGGCAUGGCGGUUUGCUGAAAGCUUUAGCUGAGAUCUUUCCAUUUUCUUCUCAUUCUUUUUGUCUUAUGCAUUUGAAGACAAACUUGAAUAUGUAUUUGACAAUGAAGAGUCGUGAAUCUAAAGAUGUUCAAAAGUUUCUUAAGAAUUUGCCUAAUGAGUGUUGGUGUAACGCUUAUUUUCAAGGCAAGAGGUAUGGUGAAAUGUGCACAAAUGUUGCGGAGUCUUUUAAUUCAUGGAUUAGGGAUGAGCGCCAUUUGUUUUCAACUAGUUUUGUUGAUGCUAUAUGGAUAGUUAAGAAAUGUAGUGAUGACAUUUAUGAAAUCCAAUUGGAUCAUUCAGUUAUGGUUGAUAUUGGGAAACGUUCUUGUUCUUGUCGAUUAUGGGAAAUUGAUUCUUUUCCUUGCAAACAUGGUUUUUGUGCUAUAAAGAGGAGUGGGAAGGAUCUGAAUUAUUUUCUUGAUGAUUACUACCGUGUUUGUAGUUAUUGUGAUUCUUAUUCGCAUUCUAUCUAUCCAGUUCCAAGUAUGUGGAAGCCAAAUGUAGUUGUUGAUGAUGACAUUGUUUUACCUCCUCUUUGUAAGAGACCAGCUGGAUGUCUAAGAACAGAGAUGAUACCUUCUAAGGGCGAAAUCAAGAGAAUUAGGUUCAGUAGGUGUGGAAAGAUGGGAACUCAUAAUUAG